AUGGAGAUCGCCACAGAGACUCCAGGAUGGGUUCCCAUUUCCCAAUGGCCAACGCUCGAAGAUCUGUGCCACGGCUUCGACGAGAAUCUGCUGGCACCCUCAGAUAAAUUGACAAACAAGCAAUUCGACCUCGUAUUCAGCGGCAAUACACACAUUGAGCACAAGUUUCAUGGCAACAAAGUGGCAUGGCGCAUCACAAAAGGGGCCGAGGGAGUCGGUAUAAGCGGAGAGGCCGAGUAUAGAGCCUUCGAGGUACGACCGAAGAUCUUCUUCAUCGACUUCUACAAACCCGAAUACGAAGAAGAGGUCAGUAUUGUCAUGAACAUCGAAAAAGGUCAGACAGUGGUUGCGAUAUCUGGAUUCCGGGAGGUGGACGGAGUCAAACGCACAUACACCAAAUUCUCCGAUGCUCGGCUCGAAGGAUAUGAUGGGUCUCAGCCAUACAAGAUGACGGAUGAACUGAUUGGGAAGCAUAUUCUAUACCGUUACACUGGCACUGAUGUUUACGAACACGUCUACCUCAACCAGGGUACCUUCACCUGGCAUUGCCUCGGCGGCACCGAGAAAGGUCUCGCAGAUACAGAGCCAUGCAAGAUGCUGAAGUUGGAUGAACGGCUUUACCUCUUGUUCUGGACAGAGAAGAUCAUGCCGGUCGAGUCCGUUGUGGUAAUUGACUUGGAGAGAAUGCGCUCAACAGGGCGCUUCUUCUGCUGGGAUCCGAAGCCUGCAAAAUAUGUUCAUACGCUGUUCGGUUCAUAUGCGACCAUCCUUGCAGACACUGGAUCAAGAUUGAAGCGUGUCAAAUGUGACGAGACGACUCCUAGCUGCAAGCAAUGCAACAAACGCGGGCUCCAAUGUCCUGGAUACAACAAACCCCUUAAGUGGUCUGACAAACAUGAGAGGGUAACAGACCGACAUCGUUCGAAGACUCAUGAUCCAUCUGCCCACUUCGAACAGAGAGAGUCUCCUCAGUCAUAUUUCAGGGGCGAGGGUGGCGACGUUGAUCUGGAGGAACUUGUUAAGUUGGCUGUAGACUCAGACUACAUUUCCAGCGGUUGUACCUCAUCGGUCGAUAUUCUUGAAGUCUACCUGGCGCCAUACCAUGACAAAGGCAACCAGAGUUUCGAGUACACUCUUGACGACACUGCUCCAUCCAAAUCCGCCAUUUCGAUCAUGCAGCAGAACAACACCAACAAUUUCAGCAUCCUUUCGCCCUCAUUAGUGACCCAAGAAGAUCUUCUUUCCGGACACUACUUCUCAUCAGUUUGCGUCAUCAACUCUGGUUUCGACUCUCCAGCGAAUCCUUUUCGGGCCUACGUGGCUGAGCUGAUGUGUGAAGAUCCUACCAUCUAUCACUGUAUGCUCUCCAUGUCAGCGGCACACCUCUAUCAGCAUGAUCAGAUCUUCAAGGAGGUUGCGCUGGAUUAUCGCACCAAGGCAAUUUCUUCUCUGCGGACCAAUCUUUCAAACAUAAGUAAUCAAGGAGACGGAAUAAUCGGCAAGCAGUCCCAACUGACCACCCUGCUUUUUGGGACCUUGCUUUUAGGCAUGAGCUCGACCUGGCACGAAGUCACCUCGUUGGGACAGACGUUCUUGUAUGGCGCGCGUAGUUUGCUCAAGUCUUCAAAAACAAUCUCAUUGGGCGGCAAAACUUCUCAGGAUGGCUCGCAGUUCCGUAACCGGUCCGAGGCAAAUUUUCUGGUUGGUGCACUAGCUUUCUGGGAGAUGUUGGCGUCUUACCACCUCGACCAAGAUCAAUCGGCUGUGGACUACUUGGAAGUGUUUUCUGAAGGGAUCGAGUCAGAAGACUCAGCCCCUAAUCCAUGGACGGGCGUCAACACGGGUCUGUUUCUAUUGGCGGCAAAGGUUGGGACAGUUACAAGACAAGUGCAUACACUCCGCCAGCUUGCAGACGCCCUCCCUGUCAUCAAAGGAGAGACCCGCUGGGCCAGAGAUCUCCUCGACACGGCGUCUUGUCUCGAGCGAAGGAUACGGAGCUAUGAGAUUCGUCCGGCACAACGGAUGAGAGAUACUGACGAUGAGCAGACGCCAGGCACACAUUUCGAAAUCAUGGCAAGGAUAUAUCAGCUGACUCUGCGGCUAGAGCUGUAUCAGGCGUUUCCGCAGCUCCUUGAUCAAGACGAACACUCAUGCCCUCAACCCCGGACUGUGAAAGGUCAUCCUGGAAUUCUAAGGGCUCUUGCCAUCAAUAUCCUGGCUCUUUUGUCAUCGAUCCCGGUGACCAGUGGCACAAAAGCCAUUCAGCUGUUUCCGCUUGUGGUCGCUGGGAGUGCGCUACAGUACGAUUCGGCGACCAGAGCCACCACAGAUGGUGAUAGGCUAUGCGGAGCUCAAGAAGUGCUCUUUCUCAACAAUGACGACGCAAUUACUACAUAUUGGAGGUCCAUCGUUCGGAAGUCCCUGUCAACAGUAUACAGAUAUGUCGGACUCGAGUCAGCUCAGUGCGGUACUAAGAUAGUCGAACAAGUCUGGACGAGAUCAGAUGCGAGACACGACACUGGGAUCCUCCAGAGUGUUGGGGGGGUUUCCGAGUUUGUUUAUUGGGCAGAUAUUAUGAGAGAACAACACCUAGAAACUCUCUUGGGAUAA